CAUCAUAAUUUUAUUAACCCAGGAUUAAGUUCAACGGUAAUCCAAUCGAGACCUUGACAGAAACAAACGAUUUGGGGUUUUUUUGCAUCCCUGGUUGUAUUUGGCGCUAGAGAACCCCCAACAGCAGUCAAAUGGAAAACGAUGAAAUGAGGACAUAAAGUUAUCCGAUCUUGUGAGCCGAACUGUGUAACCUAGCUAUUCUUAAAUCCCCCCCACCCCCUCUAAUGAUCCAAAGCACAAUGCUGCGACACUUGCAGAAUAUACCUACAGUUUAAGUCAAAUUGCAGCAACCGAGACUCUGGCGCAAAUGAGAAGGCUAUUAUCCGGUUUAAGACUUGCAGUUUUGCUUUGCACCGCGUGGAAAAGCGAGGGAUAGAGGCAAAGCGGUUUCCAGAGCAAUUUGUUAAAUAGCGUUUUCAAGUGCGCAGAAUAUCAGGCUACUUGGAGGUCCUUUGUAUGUAAAUCGGGUCUAAACAAAAAAAAAGAGAGAGCCCUCCCCAUCUUUGUAAAUUAAUUGACACGUUAGACCACUCAUCACAGCGUGAAGCUCCAAUGGUGGAGUGUCAGAUAUGUCUACACCAAUACCACCCCUCCCUACCAAGCGCGCACACACACACACACAUACACACACACACACAUAUACCAUCCUACAAACCACCGCCUACCUCCGCUGGGCUCACCCCAGCCAGCUAACGCAAUUUCACAUCGGCAAACAUAGUCUUCACCCACUUGACUCCCAGGACCCGCCCACACGUGUUCAACCUUUUGGCACUUUUUUUUUUAAUGCUCCCCCCCCCCCCCCCCCCUCCCCUCCCCACCCCCACCAUCCUCUCACCCUCUCUCUCUCUCACAUACACACACUGUGCAGGUUCAUGUAUUGUAACCAGCCCGACAGGACCAGAUCAGCAGUAGAAAUGGCUCAUUCCUUCGACCUCACAGUAGGCGCGAAGUAAGAUUGGAACAGGGGCGAAGCUUUGAUCAUUUUGCCAGCCUUACAAUAUUAUGAUCCCCCCCUCUCUAUCUCUUUCUCUCUUUGGGGGAGAGGGAAGUCACACGUUAAAUAUUGACACUAACUGGUGUGGUUCGACAGGAGCAAAGCUCGAACAGCACUAAACACCGACCCGCCUUCGCUCUGCGUUUUUUGUGUCUGUGUGCAUGAGAGUGUCUCUCUUUUUCAACAGCGGAUUGAAAGGGGGGGGGGGGAAAGCUGCAACUUUCCUUGCAUAAAUUUGGCCAGAAUAUGUCGCUGACCAACACAAAGACGGGCUUUUCAGUAAAGGACAUCUUGGACCUCCCGGACACCAACGACGAGGACGGCUCGGCGGCGGAGGCGACGGAGGAAGACGGCGAGGCUUCCGGAUCGCCCCAAACUUCGGGGUUUGCCAGGCAAAGUUCGCUGGAAACUGUACAGAGGCUCCCGCUGAAGAACCCCUUUUACGAUAGCGCCGAUAAUCCGUACACCCGGUGGCUGGCCACGACCGAGAGCAUCCAGUAUUCGUUACACGGGAUUUCAACCAGCAACUCAAAACAGCAAAACUCCUCGAGUAAGUCUUCGGAUCCUUCGGCGGACGAGUCGCAGGAUAAUGCAACCGAGACUUCAAGCAACGACAGCGAGUCGGGCAAGAAAAGGAAACGACGGGUACUCUUUUCGAAAGCUCAGACUUACGAACUGGAGAGGCGUUUCAGGCAACAGAGAUACCUGUCGGCGCCCGAGAGAGAGCACCUCGCCAGUCUGAUCAGACUCACGCCCACCCAGGUGAAGAUCUGGUUUCAAAACCACAGGUAUAAGAUGAAGCGGGCCAGAGCCGAGAAAGGUAUGGACGUGAAUCCUCUACCCUCACCCAGAAGAGUGGCCGUACCGGUUCUAGUGAGGGACGGCAAACCAUGUCACGCUAGUAUGGUGACGAACGCUCUCAAAACCCAGGACUUGGCUACGGCCACCUUCCAAGCCAGCAUCGCCUUCCCAGCUUAUACCACUCAGUCCCUCCAACACAUGCAAUAUAACACCCAUUUCAGCUCUGCCAGUAAUCCCCAGUAUCACACACACCCUCUGGUCCAGAGCCAGCAAUGGACUUGGUGAACCGUUGCGUAAGGAAGGACUGCUUGAGAACUGGGCAUUAUAUAUAUAUUAAAUGAAUAUAUAUAGUAUAUAUGUAUGUGCGUGCAUGUGUGUGUGUAUGUACCUAUAUACAUAUAUACCGGCACAACAUACGUUUGGGACCGUGAUUCAGCUGAGCUUUUUUUUGUCGCCGUCUGUUUACAAAUUAUAUUGACUAUGAAACCGGUUUUCUGCGUGUUUAGAACUGCGAAUUCAGCGCUCUUGUGACUUGUAAAGUAUGUCUUUGUAUUGUAGGAAUGUUUUCUCGUCACUUACAUUUGUUGUAUAAAAGGCAAGUGAGUACAAAAAAAAACCUUUUGAAAUCAUGAAGAAACAUUUUAUUUCGCAUUCCCCAUUUUUUUUUUUUAAUAUGAAACUUGAGAUAUUUAUAGCCCUUUGUAAUCGGAUGUUUAGUUGGGUCCGUUUUUGGUUUUGACGAGGGUACGGGUGGGUUUUGGGGGGGAAUGGACUGCCUCGGUCGCGACUGUUUGCCAGAAUGAGGGCGUUUGUUAAAUGCGAACAUUUUUUCCCCGAUGUAAUUUAGACCUUGUCAAAGAGCCGAAGUUUCCGAGAGUAAUGGUAUGAAUAAUGACCAAAAAAAAGCGCCUUGAUGAGAGAUUUUCCGAGUUUUUAUAUUAAGAAUUUUAAUAAAAUGUUGUGUCUCAAAA